CACGCACGCGCUCACCCUGACACGCUCAGGGACCCCGCGCCCCGCACCACACGCCUACGUCCCCGCAAAACCGCCGCCGAAGCACUUGCAGCCCCGGCCGCGCGGUGCGGGUGAUGCGCGGGGUGCGACGAGCCCCACCCCGGUGCCUAAAAAGUUCCGGAAAGCUGCAAUAACUCAACUGGGACUUUUUGCAAGGAGGGGGAGAAGGGAAAGGUCAUUGCUGGUAUUACAAAGGACCAGGAAAUCAGAAUGAUCCCCAGUUCAAGACAUGGUACUAUGAAUAUAAUUCUUUCCUAACCUUGGUUUCUAAUGAGCUCUGAAUGAUUAUGACGUUAGAUGAGAAUCUCAGCUUCUUAAGCAAGUGUAACUCUGCUGCACAUUUACACCAAGCAAGUGCAUCAAGUAUUACAAGUUGAAGAUUAGAAAUUUCUUAGUCUUUGACAAACUAAUCUGAUGAGAAAAUGGAAUGCUGUGGUACAGCCAUGGUAUGUACCAGAUAGCCAAGAAAGCUGACAUGGUAAAGUUAUAUACAGCACCCUUGUGACCUUUUUGCAGUGAAGAUACAUAUCUGUCCAAUAAAGCCCAGGCCAAAUGACAGUGACAGCUGCCUUGUAGCAUUCAGUUUGAAUUGAAGAGGUUUGCUCACAAGUCAGGAGCAAGUAUUUCAUUACAGACUGUGCACCAAGACCAACAUAAGCCCCCAAAAGUGAAACUUUCCCUCAGCAGCUAUGGAAACUGCCUCAGUGGACUGAGAUGCACUUCGUAGGCUCCUCCUUGUCUCCUUGCUUUGACUUUCCCGCCUCCUGCAAGCUGUUAUCCUCUGUUGGCAUUUGCAUGUUGGUGUAGCACUUGCAAGGGAAGAAAACCUCACUUCAUCUCUUAGGAGGGAUCUAGGGUGUUAUGGGAACUGAGCACUCAAAGAACGAGGGGCGAAGGAGAAUGGUUUUUCUGAGGAAAGGUCCAAAGUUGCCUGCGUGGGAAGAGGCUCUUCUCUCAGGGAAAGAGCCCAAGUCGCUGCUGAAGCGGGGGUUGCGUUAUGUCAGCUUGAGCCUCAUAAUGAAAGGGAUGACCAGCGCACCUGACUUCUUGUGGGGACUGCCUGAGGUGCAGAAACUGAACCUUUCACGCAACCAGCUGGUGAUGAUUCCUCCUUCGCUGGGGAAACUGGACAGGCUGGUGGUUCUGAACUUGGGUGGCAACUGCCUCAAGUGUCUGCCUAAAGAGAUUGGGCUGCUGAGGAACCUGAAGGUCUUGUUCGUCAAUAUGAAUUGCCUGACAGAAGUGCCAGCAGAGCUCAGCUUGUGCAGGAAGCUGGAGGUUUUGAGCCUCUCUCACAACUGCAUCUCGCAACUGCCUUUGAGUUUCACCGACCUGACAAGUUUGAGGAAACUGAACCUCAGUAACAACCGCUUUGUGCAAAUUCCCCUCUGCAUUUUUGCACUGAGGAGCUUAGACUUCUUGCACCUGGGGUCCAACAGGCUUGAAAACAUCGCAGAGAGUGUCCAGUAUCUGGUCAAUCUCCAAAUCUUUAUCGUAGAGAAUAACAACAUACGCACCCUGCCACGAUCUCUCUGCUUCAUCACCACUCUGGAGCUAUUAAAUGUUGAUUACAAUGCUAUACAGACUCUUCCGGAUGACCUCUACCUGCUGCGCCGGCUGCCACGCAUCGCAUGGAACCCAAUGGACAAAGGCCUCCACAUUGCCCACAACCCCUUGUCUCGGCCCCUGCCUGAGGUUGUCGAGGGGGGGCUGGAUGUCCUCUUCAACUACCUCAGGGAGAAAAAGGAGCACAACUGAGUUUCCACUGCGCUUGGGAUUAAGCCUGUCAUCAAGACUCAGUCAUAUCAGAGCACUUUCCUGCACAGGCAUUUCCACUUCAUAAUGCUCGGAUUUUGAAGACGUGGAUGGCUUUAGUAACAGUUGGAGGAAAGAAAGUAAAGUAUGAUGGUCUUGAUUAAGUGUGUGAAGAGUAAACUUUCUAAAAAUAGCCACCUCUGUAACCUUCAGUGUUGGUGUGCUUGGGGUUUCUUAGGAAAAAAAACCAAACAACAAACUUGUGAUAAAAUGUUUGCUCAUCGUUUGACAGAAA